AUGAAAAAUAAUGAGAAUAAUGAAAAGUCAUUUCAUUCAGUUUCAAUACAAAAAGCCUCUUCUAUGUUAAGCAUGAUUGAAGAUGUAAAUAAUCAAUAAGUUUAAAAUCAAAAUAAAUUACAAAAUGAAGCAAAAAAAAAAGAUAUUAAUCCUUAACCUAUAAUUUCUUCAGCAAUAGCAAGAGAAGUGGAAGAGUUAGAAUAAACUUAUAAACAUUAGUAAUUAAAAGGCAUUUAACAAAUAGGGACUAAACAUUUUUAUAUAAAAUAUAUGGCAUUUUAUUAUUGCAGCUAAUUUUAUCAUCUUUAAGAGGUCCAUUAUAUUUAACAAUACAUAAAAGUUCUAUAAUAAGAGCAGCUUGGAGAUAAGGAUUUACUGCAUUAAUAUAUAUACCAAUUAGUAUUUAUGAAUUAAAAAACAACAAAAAUUAUUUCAUUUCUUUCAAAGGUUAAACAUUUAACUUGCUGAUGGCAUCAGUAACAUAAGCAGUAUUUAAAUUAUCUGUAAAUAUUAGAUUUUUGCAGUAUCGUUGUCUAUAUCUGUGACACAUACUCAUGUUUCAUAUGCACUUAUGUUUUAUAAUAGUUCUUUAUUAUUUUAUUGUGGAAUUAAGAUAGUAACUAAAUAAAAUUGCCAUAUUCUAGAAUAUUUAGGAUUUGGAGUUGCUUUAGUUUUGUUAAUAGUUAUUUUUACAAAUCAUAGUUACACAUUUUAUUCUAAAUAAGAUGUUUCUAUUUUAGAUAAAAUAAUCUAUGGAGAUUUAACAGCACUAUUUGGUGGUGGUGUUUCUACUUUAUAUUAGUAAUAAUUCUAAAUAGAUUUAGUGCAAAAUAUUACUCUAAGAUAACAUCUUGUUGUCCAACAUUUACAUUAUUUGCAAUAAUUAGGGCAUUAAGUACUGUAAUUUUAAUAAUUAUGACAUUAACUUUUGAUAACAAGCACAAUUUCUUUGAAUUUUUAGAGCCUAUACUCUUUAUCCAAAUAUUCUGUAAUGCUUUAUUUACUGGAGUUUUAAUGAAUUAAUUAUAAUCAUAUGUACAAUUAUUUGUUGAUCCAUUAACAUAUAAUUCAGCAAACUUUUUUUAACCACUUUUUGGAAGCAUUUUCUCUUUCUUAUUAGGACAAGUAUGUAUAUUAAACAAUUAUUUUUUUAGGAAUCCUUACCAGGUUAACUAUCAAUAACUUGUAUGAUCUUAUAUAGUAUUGGUUUAUUAUUUAUAUAAAUUGGAAGAUCUAAAUCAGAAAUAGAAGAUCUAAAUUUAGAUAUUGAACUUAGAUAAUUUGAUACUGUGUAUUUUGAAAAUAAUCCUCUACUCUCUAUAUAUCAAUCACAUUAUAAAGAAAGAGAAGAUUAAAUGAAAAUAUCAUUAUAUAGAAGAAAGACAAUUUAAAGACAACAAACUAAAUAAUUUGUUGAUUAUAGUAUGGAUUAAUGA